UGGGUCACAGUAAGUACACAUUGAGACCGUCGGUCUUUACUACAUACGAAGCAGACUCGAAUGUUUGUAGUCGGAUAAGAAUGAUUGUGUUGUAUGGUGUUGCCGCUUUACUGAUCGCUUGCCUCUCCUGGGCCUUCAGCAAUGCAGAAAUGAAUCGUUUAGAGCGGUUCCUAGUGGAUUCAGGGAACCAUUAUCAUUGGAGCCCCUGGUCUGUUUCACCCUGCGACUGCUCUGCACAUCUACAGAAAAAUUACCGCAUAUGCGUAGCUGACAGUGGGCAACAGGUACCGGAGUUUGCUUGCGGGGCUGGUAUUUCGCAGCACUAUAGCGCCUGCAGUUGUCCGUAUACUCAAGGACCAACUUCAAUUCCUGUGCUCAACCUGUGUGUAGACAAGUCGUCCGCGUGUUAUCCCCUCAUGUGUACAAGAGCGCCUCAAAUCGCGUACGACAAUUGCGCUGCGACGUGCGGUCAUUGUGGUCCAAUGACACCUGCGGUACAUAUAAAUGAUCACUGGUCGGAGUGGACGAGCUAUUCAUCGUGCUCGGUCACGUGCGGUCAAGGAUUCGAACGGAGGUAUCGCAGUUGCUUGAAUGGAAGUGGCAUGUGCCAAGGUCCAUCAACAGAACAGGCUUAUUGUAAUAUGGGAACCUGUCCAGUGGACGGCUACUGGGGACCGUGGUCGCCAUUCACCCCGUGUAGCCAUUCAUGCGGAACCGGAAUGACGAUUCGCUCCCGCACCUGUUCGUACCCGAUACCGUCCGCCCCCGGGGCGCCCUGUCAUGGGGACAGCUAUGACAGACAGGCAUGCAACGCCCAGUCAUGUAUCAUUGAUGGUCAGUGGAGCUCAUGGACGGACUGGUCAAGGUGUUCGGUGACGUGCGGACUCGGAACGAUAUCACGUGACCGCACAUGCACCUCUCCGGCGCCUUCGAAUGGUGGCCGGAACUGCUCGGAAAUGAGUACGGAAACACACGACUGUUCUUACGGACCGUGCGCAGAAUGGGGCCACUGGUUCGAGGGAUCUUGCUCGGUCUCCUGUGGAGAAGGGACACGUGAACGAUUACGUCACUGCAGCACCGGUCGUGACGUAGAUUGCCCCGGCAACGCACAGGUUAUUGUGAACUGCACCGCGCUAAUCUGCGUUUGAAUGCCCACAAGAAUAAACACAUUUAUUAAAUUUCAAGUAUACCUAAAA